CAUUCUUGGUGGGCCUUCAAGCCCAUCCUGGGCUCUCUGCAGGGCUCUGCAGCUUCUGUGUCCUUGGCCCAAGGACACCCAGGACAUUGCUAAGCCCUUGGAUGAAGGAGCUGCCCGGCUGCUGGGGUCCAGAGAGGGUUGGAGUCCACCCAGGGGCCACCCAAAGGAGGCAGAGGUCCAAGGCAGCACCUACAGGGACCUGGUGCCUGCCACCUGCUGUCCCCAGGAAGGGAACUCAUGAAUAUUCACACAAGCUGGAGCAGGAGGAGCCAGCCUGCAGGUGGGUGUCAUUGGAGCAUUCCUGUAUCCUGCAGGCAGCAGAGGCAGCCUGGGAGUCAGGCGUGGCUUGGGCAGGGAGAGGAGAGGGGUGGCCAGCUGCAGCCCUAGGUGCCUGAGAUGCCGCCGAGGCCACAGAAGAAGUGCUGGGAGUCCAUGGCCAAGGGGCUGGGGCUGGGUGCACUCUUUACCAGCUUUCUACUGCUGCUCUACUCCUACGCUGUCCCCCCGCUGCAUACUGGCCCGGCCUCCACGACCCCGGAGGCUGCAGCACCCUGCUCCCAGGCCCCAGGCGAACCCGAGGUGGCCGCUCCGGCCAACGGCUCCACCGCCGGGUGCCAGCCGCGGCGGGACAUCGUCUUCAUGAAAACGCACAAGACGGCCAGCAGCACGCUGCUCAACAUCCUCUUCCGCUUCGGCCAGAAGCACGGGCUCAAAUUUGCCUUCCCCAACGGCCGCAACGACUUCGACUACCCGGCCUUCUUCGCCCGCAGCCUGGUGCAGGACUACCGGCCCGGCGCCUGCUUCAACAUCAUCUGCAACCACAUGCGCUUCCACUUCGACGAGGUGCGCCGCCUGGUGCGGCCCAACGCCACCUUCAUCACGGUGCUCCGCGACCCCGCCCGCCUCUUUGAGUCCUCCUUCCACUACUUCGGGUCCGUGGUGCCCCUCACCUGGAAGCUCUCGGGCCGCGACAAGCUGGCCGAGUUCCUGCAGGACCCCGGCCGCUACUACGACCCCCACGGCUACAACGCCCACUACCUCCGCAACCUGCUCUUCUUCGACCUGGGCUACGACAGCGGCCUGGACCCCGGCAGCCCGCGCGUGCAGGAGCACAUCCUGGAGGUGGAGCGCCGCUUCCACCUGGUGCUCCUGCAGGAGUAUUUCGACGAGUCCCUGGUGCUGCUCAAGGACCUGCUGUGCUGGGAGCUGGAGGACGUGCUCUACUUCAAGCUCAACGCGCGCCGCGACUCGGCCGUGCCGCGGCUCUCGGGCGAGCUGUACCGGCGCGCCACGGCCUGGAACAUGCUGGACGCCCGCCUCUACCACCACUUCAAUGCCAGCUUCUGGCGCAAGGUGGACGCGUUCGGCCGCGAGCGCAUGGCCCGCGAGGUGGCAGCCCUGCGGCGCGCCAACGAGCGCAUGCGCCGCGUCUGCAUCGCCGGGGGCCACGCGGUGGACGCGGCCGCCAUCCAGGACGCCGCCAUGCAGCCCUGGCAGCCGCUGGGCACCAAGUCCAUCCUGGGCUACAACCUCAAGAAGAGCAUCGGCCGGCGCCACGCGCAGCUCUGCCGCCGCAUGCUCACGCCCGAGAUCCAGUACCUGAUGGACCUGGGCGUCAACCUGUGGGUCACCAAGCUCUGGAAGCUCAUUCGAGAUUUCCUAGGGUGGUGACGGUCCGCCUUGCGCAUGGGGGGCCCCCCGGCCCUUUCCGCUGAUGCCCCCCCACACACCCCUGUGUCCCUCCUGGAGCCCCCUCCCCGGCCCCCAGGGUCUAGUGGGGCCGCCACGAGGACGCAGCCGGCCAGGACUGGGCCCACAGCACCCAUAGAGGGCCUAACGGAGAUCAGUAUUUGACUAAUUAUACCUUUUUUUUAAUUAAAGCCCUUUCCCUGCAUAAAAAAGAAAAGAAACAAAAAGAAUGUUCUAUUUCUUCCCUCCCCUUAAACGGGAGACCUCAGAAGUAAAGGAAUUUGAUGUGUUUUUGUUAA